AUAAAGAACUGUACUGUGUUCCGAUGAUGGAAAUAAAGGACGUGCUGUAAAACGGGAAAAACUCAAAAUCCCACAAGCCACUGCGAUUAGUGUGAAAGAAAAGCUGCUGCAUUCAAACCGUGGUGUAUCUUCAGAGGAAACGCGUUAGAAGUCGAGUUUUGGUUUUACACUAUACUCGGUUAAAGAACAGUACUAAUACUGAGAAAUUAAUUGACUUCUUACCAUUGGAACAAGUGAGGAAUGUUUAAGUGAGUUUUUCAAGGUUACAAGCGAUCGUGAGUAUCGUGACUGACACUAGCCCCGUGUAUGGAGAGCGCUGCGCUGAGACGAGAAGAGCAGGGAAGAAAAGUUUGGUAGAACUUUUUAAUCAUGGACCGCAGGAACGGGCAAACGCUUUGGCCGAGAUCAUUUACUGUCCAUUUCAGAGGUUCAGCUUACAAAGCACUUGGGAUAUUAAGGAGAAAGUUAAACCACCGGCAGAUUGCAGAACUUGAGGCUACAGAAGCUUGUGAUUGGCUUCAGGCAGCUGGAUUUCCGCAGUAUGCACAGCUCUAUGAAGACUGUCUGUUUCCCAUCGACAUCGCCUCUGUGAAGAAGGACCAUGAUUUUCUGGACCGGGACUCGCUGAAAUCCCUUUGCAGGAGACUGACAAUUCUGAACAAGUGUGCCUCUAUGAAGCUGGAAGUCCAUUUCCAGCGCAAACAGAGCGAAGACUCAGAAGAGGAGGAUCUGUGUGCCAUCAGUGACCGCUGGGCCUUCCAGCGGGACAGUAAGCGAUGGUCCAGACUGGGGUCCUUCCCUCCUCCCAGCUCUCAUAGCCCUGAGGUCCUCCACUCUGACAUGAAAGCCUCAGCCAGCCAGGAGAGCGUCCUCAGCGACUUCAGCGACCUGGAGGGCGUGUCUGUUCGCAUCAGCAGCAGCAGCAGCAGCAGCGUGGGGAGCUCUGGAGGAACCUCGGGGAGCCGGCUCACUAUGGCAGAACCCUACUCCAGCUUCUCGUCCCAUCACUUGGACACCACCGCUGUGUCCAACCGCAGCCUCACAGAGAACCGCUCCUACAAAGACCUGCUGGCUCUCAAGGAGAAGCCAAAGAGGUACAGAUCUCAAAGCUUCCUGAGGAAAAUCGGAUCUUUCAGAAGAAAGGAUAAGGACAGAGAAGCAGCCAGAGCAAAACACUGUGACGCCCAAAGCUGUGACUUCAAGGAAGGGCCACUACAGUCUUCGAUGAGCUUGCUUUGCACAACCAACGAGAGCCUUCCAGGCUUGAAACAGAACAUACCUGAAAGCUCUCAGUUUAAAAGAAGUACGAAGACAAUCUGUAGAGCUACUGCCGGCCAGCCUGCUUCUGAAGGCAGUGGGAAACAGAAACAGAAAACCACAAGUAGAGGGAUUUACUUAGAGGAUUAUGAGAUGAGCUUAAAGGUUCCCAACUGGACACAGCAGCUUCACAGGCCACUGGAUCUGCAGAAGGACUGUGUUGUUUACCUCCCCAGCGACCACAAGCCAGGGACCUUCCCCAAGUCCCUCUCCAUUGAGAGCUUAUGUCCCGCAGCGAACGAUGAUCUGGGGAACUGGAGAUCGGGCAACACGUCAUUAGAGAUCUCAAUGUGCAGCAGCAGUGAAUCGCAAGGCUUUGGCAGGUUGCGUCCACGCAGGAACUCGUGCAGCUCCAUGGGAAGCAUCUAUGACAACGUACCCGAAGCGUAUGGCAGCUCAGAGGACCUUUUCAGUUUAGGAGCUGGAGGCAUUUGCGACCUGGACGAUAUCCUGCAGCAUGUUCACGGGCUCCAGAACACGAUCGAUCUGUGGUCCAAAAGAGUUUGCCCCGAGCUGGAUGACCUGGAGUCUGAACUGCCCGGUGACCCCAUCUUCCCAUCCAGUGUCCAUUUCGAAGAGCAGUCCAUGUCGGAUGUGGGAACCGCAGCUAGUGACUUUGACAGUACAGGCAAUUCUUUAAACGAAGCAGAAGAGAUGGAAAUGAGGGAACGGAGGGAUUCAGGAGUGGGGGCCUCGUUGACCAGGCCUAAUAGGAAGCUGAGGUGGCACAGUUUCCAGAACUCGCACCGUCCCAGCCUGACCUCUGCGUCUCUGGAGAUCAACCGGCAGUCAGCCGCUCAGCUUAACCUGCUGCAGAAAUUCUCACUGCUGCGACUCACUGCCAUCAUGGAGAAGUUCUCUGUGCCCAAUAAGCAGGGCUGGAGCUGGACGGUGCCAAAGUUCAUGAAGAGAAGUAAAGUUCCUGACUACCGGGACAAGAACGUGUUUGGGGUUCCCCCGAUCAUCAACGUGCAGCGGAGCGGGCAGCCCCUGCCUCAGAGCAUCCAGCAAGCCAUGAGAUACAUCCGCAGCCAGUGCCUGGACCAGGUCGGUAUCUUCCGGAAGUCAGGUGUGAAGUCUCGGAUCCAGAUGCUGAGGAAGAUGAACGAGACCUCGCCCGACCACGUGAGUUACGAGGGGCAGUCUGCCUACGACGUGGCGGACAUGCUAAAGCAGUAUUUCAGGGACCUUCCAGAGCCUGUGUUCACCAGCAAGCUGACUGACACUUUCCUCCAGAUCUAUCAGUGUGUCCCGAAGGAGCAGCGUUUGCAGGCUGCACAGGCGGCCAUCGUCCUGCUGCCAGAUGAGAACCGGGAAGUGCUGCAGACAAUGCUCUACUUCCUGAGCGACAUUGCCUCUGCCCAGGACAACCAGAUGACCCCCGGAAACCUGGCCCUGUGCCUGGCCCCCUCCAUCUUCCACCUCAACGUGUCCAAGAAAGAGAGCACCGCCCCCAGAUUGAUACACAGGAGAGGAGCUGCAGGGAAGCCUGACCAGAAGGACCUGAAUGAGAACAUGGCGGCCACCCAGGGACUCACUCACAUGAUCAUCGAGUGCAAAAAGAUGUUCCAGAUCCCCCAUGACAUGAUGUUGCAGUCCCGAAACUCCUAUGUAGCCGCAGACGCCCACCCACUUCCCCUGGAGGGGCUCAGCAGGAGCCAGCUAGGUGAACCCAGGGAUUAUCGGGCCUUCCUGGAGGACAGUGUCCAGGGUCUCUUACGCGAAUCGAUGGAGAAGUGUAAAGGCUGGCUCACCACACCAGGACCUGAGAGCACCGAAUUAUCAUACAAAAAGGUUGGGGAUGGACACCCCAUUCGUCUGUGGAAGGUCUCCACGGAAAUCGAGGCUCCGCCGGUCACAGUGCUGCACAGAGUGCUGAGAGAGCGCCACCUAUGGGACGACGAUUUACUGCACGGCAGGGUGAUUGAGGCCCUGGACAAGAACACUGAAAUCUAUCACUACGUCACAGACAGCAUGGCACCUCAUCCGAGAAGGGAUUUCAUCGUGUUAAGGAAGUGGCACAGUGAUCUUCCGAUGGGGGCGUGUGUGCUCGUGUGCGCCUCGGUGGAACAUGACAAGGUGCAGCUGGAAGGCGGCGUUCGCGCGCUGCUCCUGAGCUCCAGGUACCUCAUCGAACCCUGCGGGAUGGGCCGCUCCAGACUGACCCACAUCUGCCGUGCCGACCUCAGGGGCCGCUCUCCUGAAUGGUAUAACAAGGUGUUUGGACAUCUCUGUGCAGUGGAGGUUGCUAGGAUACGAGACUCUUUCCCUGUGUUAACAGCGCGAGGGCCUGAAACCAAGCUGUAGAGCGUCUCCGGGAUUCCUGCUUCUGAGGUCUACACAGCCAGGAUCGCCUUCACAAUACACCGGGACUCAUUUAACUUCUGUCUGACAGAGGAAAUGCAACCAGUGCAUAAUAGAAAAAUGCAAGGCUUAAAGCUAGUUGGAGGCAUGGUCUGGUUCGCUGAGUUUUUAAAAUUGUGUUUCAUGAAAAGAAAAGAGUUACCUGUGUAGCAGAGAAAAGUUACAAGUGAGGCAAAUUAACACGUUUGAAAUGUCUAGCGGCCUGCACAAAAACAAAUAACUGAUGUCUAUACAGGACCGUGACGCAGUCAAAGAGGUCAAAGCAUUACAGCAGCAGCAUGAGAUGGUUUUGUAUUGGGCCUUGGGAUGCAGAAUGGGUUUGGAUGUGGUUUGGGAUUUCGAUCUUUUUGUGAUGUAAGCAACGCAGAGUAACAGCUCCAUCAUUUGACGAGAGCAGUGGGGAUAAAGCCAAAUCCCAGGACUACAGGGGGAGUAGUAGAACACGCAUAGGGAAUUCUAUACCACCGGUGUCUGUCGGCACACGUUGGGCAGCCAGUGCUGCACCGUUGUUGGAUGGCAAUCAGAAAAAGAAUAGGGGUAUUGAAAGAAAUACUGAACAGGGAGGGAAAUGUGUUUUAGAUGAAAAUCCGUUUUCAGGGAUCGCUUGUGAAAAUCACUCAAGCUAUUUUACAAAGGCCUAUAUGAUGGAUAAUUUGAAAAAGGAAAAAAAAAUGGAGCAUUUAUCCAAUGGAAUGUUUUUAUUUAUUUAUUUAUUUAUUUUCGCCACUAUGCCUACUUGUCGGAUUAUCACCAGGCAUUAACCACGUGUACAUACAUUUACUCGUACCUAAUUGAAUAGUGUUUGUUUUUGCAGGCUAGUUUUGUGAACUCAGGAUGGGUUACUAACUUGCUGCAAUGCGCACUGUAACUCAUUGCUGCAUUUCUGCGGGAUCCAAUUAGGCUAAUCCCCUUCUUCAUAUAUGACUGCACUGUACAAACGUGAAAAAUAUUUUUAGAUUUCUUAAUUGUAAAUAAGAUGCCUUACUAUUUUGUUAAAGCACCUUUGUGUUGAACUACCACCAGCAGGAGUGCUAUAAUCAGUCAUGUUUAAUGAGACUGCCAUCACUGUGGCAAAAAGAAGAUAGGUAGAAUGUUGUCUAUUGUUAUUGACGUGUCACAUACCUAGUGGACUAGGCAGGGAGUCAAAAAGACCCUUUUUUUUAACGGUGUUCAUUUUCAGGCAUGUGUUUGUGUACUAUUGUCUGCAUAAUGAACUAUUUAGUACAGGUUCAGCCAGUGCUGUUGGCAGUUGACAGUCAUAGCAAAGGUUAACCACAGAAUGAGCUUCUGAAAGUUGUGAUGUUCUGCUUGUGCACCAUACACUUACAUGCAGGCCAUUAAUAAUAAUAAUAAUAAUAAUAAUAAUAAUAAUAAUAAUAAUAAUAAUAAUAAUAAUAAUAAUGAAAGGAACUCACAAGUCAGGGAAAAGGUUUUCUGACUGCACAAUGUACCAGGGAGGUUAGAUUUUAUUGUAUUAUAAUAAAAAAGGCAUUCAUUGUGUUUCAUCUUCACUAGACCAUAAUGUAUGUGUAGUUUUAAUUUAUUUAUGUAUAUAUCAUCCUGGGCUUUUGGACAAAUUGACUCCACAUUGUAUAUAAUCAUUUGUCAAACUGCCUCCUAGUUGGAUUUGUUCAAAGGCACUGGUUGAUGGUAUGACUGACUGUAAAAUGUAAACAUAUUGUUAUAUUAAAAAAAUAUUGGGGGCUGCAGAUUUAAAGUUACAAUAACUUGGAUAUUUAUCAUAUCUCUGAGAACACCAUCCACGACAAAUUAAAGGAACGCACCAUCACACAACGUAGUAUUUAUUUAUUUUUAUUUUUGUUUGCAUUUAUUAUAGCUGCACGGUCUUUCACUAAAGUAUUAGCUUCACACAUGGUAACAUUAAUAUUAUUAUAGAUACCGGGAACUAAAAAAAUGAAAAUUUA